GAACGAACGCCUUCAAACAAGAAGCGCCCAAGUGCACAUCGACAUCGAUACGGUCUCGCAUAAUGUCCUGGCAGUCACUUACAGGUCACAAGCGUCGGAUCCCUGACGAGUGGGUGCAGCAACAGACUCCAGUUCGCCACCGCCGAAUUCAACAUUGCCAAGGCAACAACCAGCAAAUUGAAGAUGGGAACUGUGGAAAUCAAACCGGAAAAGGAAAAUCUGGCACCUUUCUCCUCAGCAGUCCUACGGAUGUGUCAGACGCCGCUGCGGUGCAACAAAUUCGCGCCAAACAGGCCAAAGCCAACGGUCUGCCAAAUCUUUCGCUGUCACCUGCAGCAGAACUAGUUGUGACAGAAGCUGAUCGAGUGGCGAAAGAUGAAGAAGCCUCAGAACUGGAAGAGGACGUCGAAGCCGGAGCCUUGACUCCACGCCCCACAAUACCUCGACGCACUGUUCCACGUCCUCCGCUGAGUCGCCGACGAGCUGUUGGGGUGAACCGCGCGAGAUUUGGUGUAGGUAUCGUCCGAUGUCGCAACUGGAAACUCAAUGAGGAGGAUACCGAAACCGAGGACGAAAGCUCGGAAUCUUCGCCACUAAGAGAAAACUCAAAGGCUGCCAAGUUUUUGACAAAUUGUGGAUACUCGGAAGAUUGUGAUAGUGAGAAGCUGGAAGACAAAGUUAGCGCGUCAGUGUUGCCCAUUGAUCCGACCCUUGCUUGCUUCGAUCGCAGCUUUAGUGAAGACCAGUGGCAACUGCGUUCGCCCUCUCCAGAUGAGAAAUUUGUUCCUGAAAACUCGUGUUGUGGUGCCACGACAGUUGAAAAUACUGAGUGUGGAUCUGAUAUAUGCAAGCCCACACCGAUUCACGCUGUACAUGUUGAAAGCACUUCAAAAUAUUGACAAAAACUUCGAGAUAAUAUUUACUACAGUUUGCCGUCGUAUCCGAGAAAUAACGCGGUCGAGAAAUCGACCAUUGCGUCGUGCAAUCGCUUCUGUAAAGCAACAAUUUUGCCACGUGCCAGAUAAAAUUCUUUUCGUGAUGGC